ACCGCUGCCGCUCGAGUCCUUCACUUGGCAACAGCUGAGGUCAGCCGGAGCCCAGGACCAGGUGAACAGCCGGGAGUCUGUGUAGGAAUCCUCUCAAUCUCCAGCAGAAUGGUGAUGAGGAUAAGAGCGUUGCCAAGUCAUGGAUAGAUCGCCACAAUGACACAUGAGACCCUCACAAGCUCCCAGCUGUCCUUCAGGGCGGCUGCUCUGCGCAUGGUCGAUCUACCUCUGUCCGUGUACAGCUCUCUGGCUCAGGUGAGUGUCAGCACAGGCACCAAGAAGCUGGUGGCAGCCACGGCCUUUGGUGCCAUCUCGCUCCUCUUCCUCGCUCGCCGCUUCCAGCGGAGGAAGGGAAGAAAGAAUGCUCAGUGGGAGCCGGCUGGCUUUGAGAUUAUCUCCCCGGCCUCAGCAGAAAACGAUAACACCGGUCAAAACAUCACACUCUCCCUCAACUCCAAGAAUGGCUACUCCUCCGGUCUGCUCCUCAAUGCAGGAGACUACAGAAAACUGUCCGGGUCUCUGCUGAGCCUGGCCUCGGUGAAAAGCAUGAACUCGUCCAGCAGCAGCACUUGUGAAAAUGUAUCCACCUGCUGGGACAGAGAGGGGGAAGCGGAUACCUGCAGUGUUGUCAACUUACCUGUCACCACACCUGAAAACCUGUACCUCAUGGGGAUGGAUUUAUUUGAAGAGGCUCUCCGGCGGUGGGAGGAAGCGUUGACAUUCAGGAGCCGGCAGAGCGAGGACGACGUCAGUUGUGCGUCUGUCAAAACGGGAGCUGGCGACGCCAUCGCUGAGCAGAGCAUGGAGGACGUCAUCAGUGCAGAGUUCAUGCACAGGCUGAAGUCUCUGCUGCAGAGGGCGUAUAGCCUCCAGGAGGAGUUUGAGGGAGUGCUGUGCAUGUCAGAGCCCUCGUCCCACAGCAACAGCCAGGAUAAAAUGACAGACAUUUUGGCCCGAGAGGAGCUGGACGAAGCCAGUCUGAGAGACAGCAUCAGCAUCGCCUCCACUGACUCCUUUGUGUCUGCUGCGGAGCUGACGGAGUACCGGGAGCUGAGGAACGUCUUCGCUCUGGGUCAUCACCUUUUCUACGAGGAGGCCCUGCAGAUGGCCGAGGAUGGAAAGAUCUCCUGCAGGGUGCUGCGGACUGAGAUGCUCGAGUGUCUCGGGGACAUCGAUUUCCUGGCCAAGUUGCACUGUGUGCGGCAGGCAUGUCAGCUCAUUUUGUGCGAGAGAACCACCCGGAUGUUUCUUGCCGACACGGGAAAGAAAAUACUAUCUUCCAUUAUUGUGAAAGCACAGAAGAGCCCAACCCGAUUCGAGGAAGUGUUUGAGGAGAUGAUUUCCUUCCUGGAGCACACGGAGCACUGGGAAAACACCGAGGUGGAGCUGGCCACACGAGGGGUGAAGCACUUGAACUUCUAUGACAUUGUGCUGGACUUCAUCCUGAUGGACUCAUUCGAGGACCUGGAGAAUCCACCCGUCUCCAUUCAGAACGUAAUCAACAACCGCUGGCUCAACACGUCCUUCAAGGAGACGGCGGUGGCAUCCAGCUGUUGGUCAGUGAUGAAGCAGAGGAGACAACACAUGAAGGUGUCCGACGGCUUCAUCGCUCAUUUCUACGCCGUGUGUGAACAGAUCAGCCCCGUCCUGGCCUGGGGCUUCCUGGGGCCCAAGAGCUCCCUGCAUGACUUCUGCUGCUUCUUCAAGGAUCAGGUCUUGUACUUCCUAAAGGACGUGUUUGACCUGGACAAAGUGCGUUACUCUUCUGUGGAGAGUCUAGCGGAGGACAUGCUCCACCUGCUGCACCGGCGCUCCGAACUGCUGGUGGCCUACCUGGGAGCCGACUCCCUGCGGCCAGUCAACGGCCGCAGCUCCCUGCAGGUGCAGCUGGUGCCCAGCGGCCUGCUGGGGGCUCGAGUGCAAUGAGUGGGGAACCUGCAUCCGGACGGACCCGGGUCAUUGCAGCACCACACGUAUAUAAAACUGUUAUUCUUGGGUGAGUUUCUGCCAACUGUCAGACUUUAUUUUCCACAAAACUGCUCAUUCAAGGAUUUAAAUGUAAAACACUACUUCACCUUGGUAAGACGCCGGCUCAGCACAGCUCCCAUCGUUUGAGGAUAAAUUGUACUUGCCUUCACAUGUGAUCAUUAUCUCCAGUGUGGCCUCCUCCUCACUCCCGUUUUACUGUGCCAUUGCAGUGCAUGUUAGUUUUUAAAUAUCAUAGCAAUACUAUUUAAACCUGCUGUGAGACAUUUCAGUAAUUAUCUUGCAGUAAGUUAAUAUUCCGCUGUGAAACUUGUUAUUGUUAAGAGGAAUUUGUGUGGAGAGAAAGGAUAUUUUAGUAUUUAUUUUUAUUAUAAAGUUUCAAGAUUUAUUUUUUAGAAGCUGUAGUUGUGCCUGUAUGCAUUUAUGAUCCGCUUCAAACAUACAGUAGUAGGAAUACUAGUUGUAUUUAAAAUUAUCGUAGAGGUUUAUUAGAUACAUUUCCACAUCAACAAUGCAAAUACGCUUUGUGUUCCAAGCACAGGCUGCACAGGGAAAUCAUUGAUCCAAGAGACGUGAGGUGUAAUACAUGUCAAAUGUGUUGGAGUUAUUGCACGUUGUUACUUAAAAGCUGUUUUCUUUGCACCAGGAUUCACAAACCUUCAUGCAAUAUUUAAAUUUAGCCCGGCAUAUGCAGCCUACAAGGCCUUUAAUCACACCAUACCGUCAGCUACAGGAUAUGAAAGAUUACACAUCCCUUAGUUGUUUCAACACUUACAUGCAAGCCUUACUAUUAAUGCACAUAUUCAAGUCUCGUCUUCAUCACUGAAUGUAAGUCUUAAAAAUACAAUAUAUUAUAGUCUGCGCUGCUGAUCAGUCACUGCCAUGUACAGAACAUGCACAAUUUAAAAGCUUAGAGCAGCAGUUACUGCAGGAAUAAACCUGCCAUUAAGAGUUCAUGUUCCAGAAAUACUAGAUACAGAGUUAGUGAUCAACAGUCAGUUGUAGACCGGUUCAUCUUAACACCCACAGAUGUACUUUCUUUAAAGCGUUACUGUUCACUUCUAAUUUGAGGCUCCAACAGUUAAUCUAGACGGUUUCAUCAACUCACUGGCUCUAAAUAAUUGGGAAAAGAAAAGCUUAAUUACUAGUCAAAGUUGUUGAUUGCUACUCUAACUCGGACUGUGCGAGCCUCAUUACAGGAUUUGUAAUUUCAUUACUGGAUCUCCUCAGCCAGUGUGGACAGGAUCAAAAUGUUUCAAUGCACAUUGACCAUGAGAAUAAAGAUGUGACUGUUGUCAAGAAGAAAAAUGUACAUUUGUGAGCUCACCAUUUGUUUUUAUUAAAUAAAGCAAAUAAAUACUG